AUGGCGGACUCUGUGGCGUCACCAACGAAGCCCGUCCAUACAAUUGUAUUGGAUGCUGGUCCCAUUCUGAAAAAUACCCCGCCACUAUCAACCCUACUUCUUCAAGGUGAAGAACUGAUUACCACGCCUUCCGUGAUCAGCGAAAUUCGCGACCCGGAUGCUCGCCUGCGUGUUGAGACCAUGUACCUGCCUUUCCUCAAGCAACGAUCGCCUACCCCCAACAGUUUCAAUAUCAUCAGCGAAUUCGCCCGCAAGACUGGUGACCGAUCUGUGCUGAGUCGAACCGAUAUCGAAGUAUUGGCCCUUGCCUACGAGAUCGAGUGUGAGCGCAAUGGCGGAGAUUGGCGUCUGCGCAGUGUGCCCGGCCAGAAGCGUGUCAACGGACCUCCUCCUGUGAAGGUGGAGGAGAAGAAGGAGGAAGUUGAGACUGACGGCACCGAGGCUAUCACUGAGGGCGUCCAGGAAACAACCAUUUCAGACAACGUGGAGGAGACUAAGCAAGAAGAUGCUCCCGUCUCUGAAGAGGCUGUUCCCGCAGCUGAUGAUGUGACUGAUGCCGUGGCUGAAGAAGAUACCCCAGAGGAGGAGCAGCAGCAGGAGGAGGAGGAGGAGGAGGAGGAGGGCGAAGAUGAUGCCGGUGAUUCUGAUGGUGGAGAAUGGAUCACACCCUCCAACUACAAGCAGCGGCUGGCCCGCGAUGAUGCUGGUGCUUCCUCUACACCAGAGCCAAAGACCAUGCAGGUCGCAACCAUGACUACCGAUUUCGCCUGUCAAAACGUUCUUCUGCAGAUGAACCUUAACCUACUCUCAACCACCACUUUGCAAAGAAUUCAACAUCUCAAGUCUUUCAUCAAGCGCUGCCACGGUUGCUUCCUUACCACCAAGGACAUGACCAAGCAGUUCUGCCCUCGCUGUGGUAAAGACACGCUCACCCGUGUCUCGUGUACUACAACUGCCAAUGGCCAGUUCACUAUGCACUUGAAGAAGAACAUCCAGUGGAACAACCGAGGUAACAUCUUCAGUGUUCCUAAGCCCAUCCACGGCAGUUCCAACGGAAAGUGGAAGGGAGGCGGUGGUAAGGGUGGUUGGGGUACCGAGCUCAUUCUAUCUGAGGAUCAAAAAGAGUAUGUUCGAUCUACAGCGGAGGAAGAACGCCGUCAGCGCCGGGAGCGUGAUCUCAUGGAUGAGGAUUACCUUCCAGGUAUUUUGACUGGUGAGCGAAACAAGAUGGGUGGUCGUAUCAAGGUUGGUGCUGGUCGUAACGUCAACUCGAGAAAGCGUUGA